AUGGGAAACCAAACGGAGGCAGCAACGGCACCUACAGUGGUGGUUGGGGUGUGCCUGUUGAAAGGAAAAAAGGUGUUGUUGGGACGACGCCGUUGCUCUCUUGGCUACUCCACCUUUUCCCUACCUGGUGGCCACCUCGAGCUCGGUGAGAGCUUCGAGGAGUGUGCAGCAAGAGAAUUGAAGGAAGAAACUGGUUUAGACAUUGACAAGAAGAGGAUGGAGUUUCUGACAGCCACAACAAACGAGCUGCUUCUAGAGGGAGGCAAGCCAUGCCAGUACGAGUCCGUUUGCAUGAGAGCGGUGAUGGAACAUGGAGAUGGAGAGCCCCAAAAUGUGGAGGCAGAAGUGUGUGAUGGUUGGGAUUGGUAUGAGUGGGACAACCUCCCCAAACCACUCUUUCGUCCUCUGCACAAUGCGGUGCGGGCAGGAUUUAAUCCUUUUCGUGCAUGA